AUGGCUGGAGUGAGGGAACAGGACCAGUACAUGCCAAUCGCGAACGUGAUAAGGAUCAUGCGAAGGACUCUUCCGCCACACGCCAAGAUCUCAGACGAUGCCAAAGAGACGAUUCAAGAGUGCGUGUCUGAGUACAUCAGUUUCAUCACCGCCGAAGCCAACGAUCGUUGCCAGCGCGAGCAGAGGAAGACCGUUACUGCAGAGGACGUGCUUUGGGCAAUGGCAAAGCUUGGCUUCGACGACUACGUUCACCCUCUCAGCCUUUACCUUCACCGCUACCGUGAGAACGAAGGAGAACACGCUUCCGCAAGACGUGCUUCUGCCUCUAUUCACCCACCACCUCAGCCACCACCGCCGCUAUAUUCUCAAGCCUUUGGAAUGUUGGACAUUGACCCCUCGCAAGGGUUGUACGGGGAUGAUGCCUCUGCCACUGCCACAGCCUCAGCCUCAGCCUCAGCCUCAGCCCCUUAUGUUCCCACCUUUGAUCCUUAUCCUUACAUCAACCGCGACACCCUGCAGUGA